ACUGAGCGGCUGCGCUCGCGCUGAGAGCUUCGCGCUGGGAGGCUGCUGGUCCGUGCGAGUCGCUCGCGGCCAGAUCAGAUUUCUUCAGUUUUGUCGGGCCAUGGUGUCUUUGGUUCCUAUAAGAAUUGGGAAUUUUUAUAUAUUUUUUUCGAUUCUUCUGAAUUUCGGGCACCUCUCCUGAUAAACGGAACGUUUGGUUUAUUGCCGAAUGUACGUUUGACUGGCUUGUCGAUUUUUAUUUUUUAUUUUUUUUAAGUGACCACUUUUUUUCUGCGUAUCCUUCACACCUACGAAGUGCGGGGAGAGGUCUUAUCACUAAGAGCGUCUGUGAGGAAGAUGUUGUCAUGCUAAGACCUGUCCUGCAGACUGAUGGCAACUGAGCAGAAGGGAACACAGUGAAGUGUGGAAACAAAACAUUGGGUCACUGCUACUGAGUGGCUUCUUAUACUAACAGCUACUGUCUGUGGUGGAAGCGAGAUCCUUUGCUUUGGAUUGCUGCGAAUGGACAUUUCAAGCUGAGUCGCACACCAGCUCUCAAGGGCACUCUGUUGUUCAGGACAUUUGCUCCUCUGUACAUUAAGAAAGCAGAUAGGCGGAAUGAGUGGCCUUUCAUCACAUAUUCUGGUGGACCAGAUGUGCGUGGGUCUGCUUCUGGUGUUGGCGUGUCUGUCCUCAGUGCAGAGCAGCCAGUGUCCACACCUAUGUGUUUGUGAGAUCCGGCCCUGGUUCACACCUCAGUCCACUUACAGAGAGGCCACCACGGUGGACUGUAAUGAUUUACGCCUCACUCACAUCCCUGGUAACCUGUCUAGUGACACACAGGUGCUGCUGCUGCAGAGUAACUACAUUGCUAGGACCAGUGAGGAGUUGGAGCAGCUCUUCAACUUGACUGAGUUGGACCUGUCUCAGAACAACUUCACCAGCAUCCAAGAUGUUGGCCUGACCAACAUGUCUCAGCUCACUACACUUCAUUUGGAGGAGAACCAGAUCACAGAGAUGCCUGACCAUUGCCUUCAAGACCUCACCAAUUUGCAGGAGCUCUACAUCAACCACAAUCAGAUCAACUCGAUUUCACCCAAUGCAUUUUCUGGCCUGCAAAAUCUCCUGCGACUCCACCUCAACUCAAACAAACUGAAAGUCAUUAACAGCCACUGGUUUGAGUCAACCCCCAACCUUGAAAUCCUAAUGAUUGGGGAAAACCCAGUAGUUGGUAUUCUAGACAUGAAUUUCAAGCCUUUAGUUAACUUGAGAAGCCUGGUGCUAGCCGGAAUGGACUUGACUGACAUUCCUGGGAAAGCACUUGUGGGAUUAGACAAUCUAGAGAGUCUCUCAUUUUACGACAACAAAUUGGUUAGUGUGCCACACCUUGCACUACAAAAAGUUCCCAAUCUAAAAUUCUUGGAUUUAAACAAAAACCCUGUGCACAAAAUCCAAGAAGGAGACUUCAGAAAUAUGCUUAGGUUGAAAGAGCUUGGUGUGAAUAACAUGGCAGAACUAGUUGCCAUCGAUCGUUAUGCACUUGAUAAUCUUCCAGAGUUGACUAAGUUGGAGGCUACCAACAACCCCAAGCUCUCCUACAUCAAUCGCCUGGCAUUUCGGGAUGUCCCUUCCCUGGAGAGUCUAAUGUUGAACAACAAUGCCUUGAACUCAUUGUACCAGAAGACCAUAGAGUCAUUGCCUAAUCUGCGGGAAAUCAGCAUUCACAGCAACCCAUUACGAUGUGACUGUGUCAUUCAGUGGAUGAACUCUAACAAGACCAGCAUCCGCUUCAUGGAGCCCCUGUCCAUGUUUUGUGCUAUGCCUCCAGAGUAUAAGGGCCAGCACGUCAGGGAGGUAUUGCUGCAGGAUCCCUCUGACCAGUGUUUGCCUAUGAUAUCCCAUGACACUUUCCCCAACCACCUCAACUUGGACAUCGGUAUGACAGUCAAUUUAGAUUGCCGUGCCAUGGCAGAACCCGAGCCUGAGAUUUACUGGGUGACACCACUGGGGAACAAAAUCACACUUGAAACCUUAUCUGACAAGUUCUGGCUGAGCACUGAAGGUUCUCUCCGUAUUUCUCAUGUACAAGUGGAAGAUUCAGGCCAAUAUACUUGUGUGGCCCAGAAUACAGAAGGUGCUGACACACGAGUUGCUACAAUACGAGUCAAUGGGACCCUGAUGGACAGUAUUCAGGUCAUGAAGAUCUAUGUCAAGCAGACAGAGUCUCACUCUAUCUUAGUGUCCUGGAAAAUAAACUCUAAUGUUAUGACCUCUAACCUGAAGUGGUCUUCAGCAACCAUGAAGAUAGAUAACCCACACAUUACUUACACGGCUAGGGUCCCAGUUGAUGUUCAUGAGUACAACCUUACCCACUUGCAGCCAUCCACUGAAUAUGAAGUGUGCCUUACAGUCUCCAACAUCCACCAGCAGACACAAAGAUCCUGUGUCAAUGUCACCACAAAGAACGCGGCUUUUGCUGUAGACAUCUCUGAUGAAGGGACCAACACUGCCCUAGCAGCUGCAAUGGGGACAAUGUUUGCCAUCAUUAGUCUUGUUUCCGUUUCAGUAUAUAUUGCGAAGAGGUGGAAGAGGAAGAAUUACCACCACUCUUUGAAAAAAUACAUGCAGAAAACCUCCUCUAUUCCCCUGAAUGAGCUAUAUCCUCCUCUCAUUAACCUGUGGGAAGCAGACAGUGAGAAGGACAAAGACGGAUCCUUGGAGAACAAAUCCAGCCAGGUGGACACAACACGAAGCUAUUAUAUGUGGUGAAGUCCCCAGAACUACGCUUCCAGGAGCACAAAGACAAACUUUUGCUUUUUUGUGCAAAAGAUAAAAAAGGAAAAAUGGCAAAUUUGGUAUUUUUAGCUUUGCUAAUAUGAGGCAGAGUGGUAAAAGAUAGGAUUUUUUUUUCUAGUAUAGCGUAUCGCCUUUGUUUCUUCUUUCAAACACUCAGUAUGGCAACGUUCAGCUUCAGAAUCAUUUUUCUUGCUGUGCUUUACUUUUGUAAGGCGCUUUAACUGCACAGCUUUGGAUCAUGCCAAGGACUCUAUCUGAGGUCAGUCAACACAGCAACAAGUAAUGAAGCCCUACUUUGUCUAGCUGUCUAUUGAGAUUGCAGAGUUUCUUUCUCUCUCUUGUGAAACAGUUUAACUGUUGUGCACUGAAACAUUAACAAGUUUGUUCAUAGACUUAAUAUGAAGCUGACAGUGGGGAUUACACUUGUUAUACUGUCUGCGUUAGCGAUUGUACUGUAAUGUUGUAUCAACUAUUAUUUGAAUUUUUGAAUUUUAACAAAAACUUUUUGAAAUUACUUUGCUAUAUGAGUACUGUUUAGGAGCAAUAUAAAUGUGAAUGUUUGAUAACAUAGUUAUUAGGCAAAUGGACUACUAAGUUUUUUUUCUUCAUUACUCUUGUUUAUUCUAUUUUUUAUUUUAUUUUUUUUGCUAGGAUCUGUCCAUGAUCACUUAAUUUUGUUGUGAUUUAAGACGCAACAUAUGUUGUAUAUUGAAGAGCAAAUGAAAAUAAAUUACCCUUUUUUUAAA